AUGGGUCUUCAGCCUGUGGCUCCCCUCCAAUCUCACGAAAAGCAUGCCCACCACAACCACUUGGCAUGGUCCAAGGUUAAGAUCACUUUCAAGGAGCCCAUGGCCGAGUUCUGGGGAACGUUCAUUCUCGUCUUAUUCGGUGAUGCUGGUCUCGCUCAGGUCACUCUCGGUUCCAAGAACCCGGGCUCUGCUCCAGGCGGAAUGGGUUUUGGUGACUGGCAGAGUGUCAGCUGGGCUUACGGUAUCGGACUCAUGUUGGGUGUCUACGUCGCCGGUGAUUCCGGUGCCUACCUCAACCCUUGCAUCACCUUUGCCAGCUGCAUUCUUCGCGGAAUCCCAUGGCGUCGUCUUCCCAUGUACAUCAUCUCGCAGACUCUCGGCGCGUUCUGUGCCGCCGGUGUCAUCUACGGAAACUACUACAGCUUGAUCGAUGACUACGAGGGCGGUCCAGGUAUUCGCACCGUCGGCGGCCCAACUUCCACUGCUGGCAUCUUCGCGACAUACCCCGCCGACGGAGUGUCAACCGCCAACCUGUUCUUCGACCAAUUCAUCGCCAGUGCUCUCUUGGUUUUCAUCAUCUUUGCCCUCAAGGACGACUCGAACAAGGGCAGCUUCAUCGCCAGUGGUGCUUGGUUCCCUCUCGCUCUCUUCUUCUUGAUGUUCGGCAUCAGCGCCACCUUUGGUCUCCAAACCGGUUUCGCCAUCAACUUCGCCCGUGACAUGGGUCCCCGCCUCAUGACCUGGGCUCUCGGCUACGGCAAUGCCGUCUGGACCACGGGCAACUACUACUUCUGGAUCCCUACCACCGCUCCCUUCCUCGGCUGCUUGACGGGAGGCAUUAUCUACGACGCCUGCAUCUACACCGGUCCCAGCCCGAUUAACACUCCGUGGUUCGGAUUGAAGAAGCUGUUCAACCCAAAGAGGGCUGUGCAGGAGAGGUUGGAGUCGCAGAAGGACGCUGGUGCGAUCUAG